AUGGGCUUAGUAACACUAACGACUAUAUCUCCCCGCUCUUUAACUAUUCUAACGACUAUCCCUCCUGCUCUCCUCCAGGUGUUGUCUCUGGGUGCAGACGUGCUCCCAGAGUACAAGCUCCAGGCCCCUCGCAUCCACAAGUGGACGGUCCUCCACUACAGCCCCUUCAAGGCGGUGUGGGACUGGCUCAUCCUGCUGCUGGUCAUCUACACGGCCAUCCUGACACCCUACUCCGCCGCCUUCCUCCUCAGCGAGCAGGAGGAGGCGGCCAUGCACAGCUGCGGCUACUCCUGCUCCGCGCUCAACGUGGUGGACCUCAUGGUGGACAUCAUGUUCAUCAUCGACAUCCUCAUCAACUUCAGGACCACCUACGUCAACGUGAACGAUGAGGUGGUCAGCCACCCGCUCCGCAUCGCCGUGCACUACUUCAAGGGCUGGUUCCUCAUCGACAUGGUGGCCGCCAUCCCCUUCGACCUGCUCAUCUACCGCAACGGGGAGGAGACGACCACUCUGAUUGGCCUGCUGAAGACAGCCCGUCUCCUUCGAUUGGUCCGCGUGGCCAGGAAGCUGGACCGCUACUCGGAGUACGGCGCAGCCGUCCUCUUCCUGCUCAUGUGCACCUUUGCGCUCAUCGCCCAUUGGCUGGCCUGCAUCUGGUACGCCAUCGGUAGCGUGGAGCGCAACGGCUCCAUUGGCUGGCUCCACUCUCUGGGCGACCAAUUAGGGAAGCACUACAACGACUCGGACCCGGGGUCGGGUCCGUCCAUCAAGGACAAGUAUGUGACGGCGCUGUACUUCACCUUCAGCAGUCUGACCAGCGUGGGCUUCGGGAACGUCUCCCCCAACACCAACUCUGAGAAGAUCUUCUCCAUCUGCGUCAUGCUGAUUGGCUCCCUCAUGUACGCCAGCAUCUUCGGGAACGUGUCGGCCAUCAUCCAGCGCCUGUACUCGGGCACGGCGCGCUACCACACCCAGAUGCUGCGGGUGCGAGAGUUCAUCCGCUUCCAUCAGAUCCCCAACCCCCUCCGCCAGCGCCUGGAAGAGUACUUCCAGCACGCCUGGUCCUACACCAACGGCAUUGACAUGAACGCCGUGCUGAAGGGCUUCCCAGAGUGUCUCCAGGCAGACAUCUGUCUCCACCUCAACAGGACUCUGCUGCAGAACUGCAAGGCCUUCAAGGGCUCCACCAAGGGCUGUCUGCGGGCGCUGGCCAUGAAGUUCAAGACCACCCACGCCCCGCCCGGCGACACGCUGGUCCACGCCGGAGACGUGCUCACCGCAGUCUACUUCAUCUCCAGAGGCUCCAUCGAGAUCCUGAGGGGAGACGUGGUGGUGGCCAUCUUAGGAAAGAACGACAUCUUCGGAGAGCCCAUCAACCUCUACGCUCGCCCGGGGAAGUCCAACGCUGACGUGAGGGCGUUGACAUACUGUGACCUCCACAAGAUCCAGCGUGAGGACGUCCUGGAGGUGCUGGACAUGUACCCAGAGUUCUCUGACCACUUCUGGAGCAACCUGGAGAUCACCUUCAACCUCAGAGACACCAACAUGAUCCCUGGCUCUCCGAGCAGCGAUGACUCAGACUGCAUUGGGUUCAACCGACUCCGGAGACGCAAAUUAUCAUUCCGCCGGCGCACAGAAAAAGAUGAUGCAGACGCAGGGGAGGUAAAAAAAUCCCAGAAGCCAGUGCGGCGAAGAAAGAAGGAGGCAGCCAGUAACCAGGGGGAGGAGCUUAAGCCAGACUGGGAGGGGCCUCGGAGCUCCGCGUCGUACAGCGGAGACGAAGGGGAGGAGUUAGUCGUCACAUGCCCCACCCCUCCCUUUGCAACGUUGGAGACACAGCAAGCUCAGGCCACGCCCCUCAACUUCAGCGAGACGACCGAGGGCGACGCCCAGACAGGAAACACCUGCAGCGCCCUCUCAGGUGCGUUCUCAGGUGUGUCCAAUAUCUUCAGUUUCUGGGGGGAGAGUCGAGGGCGUCAGUACCAGGAGCUACCUCGCUCCCUGCCCUCCCCCCCCCCCCUCAGCAACCCGCUGCACAGCAUCAGCCGGCGGCAGCACGGGGAGCUGGAGAGCCGUCUGGACACCCUGCAGGUGCAGCUCAACAGGCUGGAGACUCGCAUGUCCACAGACAUCGGGGCCAUCAUGCAGCUGCUCCAGCGUCAGAUGUCCCUGGUUCCUCCAGCCUACAGCACAGUGUCCUCCCCCAGACCUCCCCAGGCCUCGGCCCCGGGGACAGACUGGUCCAACCUGCCAUCCCACUGGAACCAGAAACACUGUCCUCACUGUCACAGGUCCUGAACCCGGAGGACUUCCACUCCUCCCCCAGCCGCACGGGGGGCUCUGAUGGCAGCCUGGCAGAGCUGCCCUCCCAGGACCCUCCUCCUGCCAGCCCCCCCGACACACACACCACCCCCCCGGGACCCGGGUGGGCCGGGCUGGGCCUGGAGCUGG